ACCUAGAUAUAAAAGAUUUGAAAUACAAAAUCUAGAAAACUAAAUAAAAAUCUAAGACUCAAAUCUUUCUAUUGUUGUCUUGGAUCCACAAUAAAUCCUACGGAUUCUUAGGAUUGGUAUAUUUUUUUCUAUCCUGUAGUUUGUAGUUUCCCUGAAUCAAGCCAAGUAGCACAACUCUUUCUACCCAUCCUGUAUAUUGUCCCCUUUGUUCCGUUCCGUGUUGAAAUGGAAGCUUAAUUUAUUACUUAUUAUUUUAUUAGAUUUUAGAUUAGUUAGUGAUUAGAUAUUAGUAUUAGACGAGAUUUUAAGAAAAUAUUUUUGAUUUCUUUAUAGGAGUAUAGGAGAGGACAAAUCUCUUUUUUUCGAUGCGAAUUUGACACGACAUAGGAGAAGCCACCCCUUAUAAAAAAUUAUAUUAUUAUAUUUAUAUUAUUUUUAAUAAUAAAAUAAUAAAAGUGGGUUCCGACAUAUUAAUAUAUAGUGAAGUGUUCCCCCAGAUUCAGAACUUUUUUCCAAUACUCACUAAUAAUCCUACUAAUAAUCCUAGUGAUUAGAUUUCUAUGCUUAGUCUGAUAGGAAAUAAGAUAUUCAAAUAAAUAAUUUUAUAGCAAAUGACUAUUCAUCUAUUGUAUUUUCAUGCAAAUAGGGGGCAAGAAAACUCUAUGGAAAGAUGGUGGUUUAAUUCGAUGUUGUUUAAGAAGGAGUUCGAACGCAGGUGUGGGCUAAAUAAAUCAAUGGGCAGUCUCGGUCCUAUUGAAAAUACCAGUGAAGAUCCAAAUCGAAAAGUGAAAAACAUUCCUAGUUGUAGUAAUGUUGAUUAUUUAUUCGGCGUUAAAGACAUUCGGAAUUUUAUCUCUGAUGACACUUUUGUAGUUAGUGAUAGGAAUGGAGACAGUUAUUCCAUCUAUUUUGAUAUUGAAAAUCAGAUUUUUGAGAUUGACAACGAUCAUUCUUUUCUGAGUGAACUAGAAAGUUCUUUUUAUAGUUAUCGAAACUCGAGUUAUCUGAAUAAUGGAUUUAGGGGAGAAGAUCCCUACUAUAAUUCUUACAUGUAUGAUACUCAAUAUAGUUGGAAUAAUCACAUUAAUAGUUGCAUUGAUAAUUAUCUUCAGUCUCAAAUCUGUAUAGAUACUUCCAUUAUAAGUGGUAGUGAGAAUUACAGUGACAGUUGCAUUUAUAGGGCCGUUUGUGGUGGUGAAAGUAAAAAUAGUAGUGAAAAUGAGGGUUCCAGUAUACAAACUCGCACAAAGGGAAGUGAUUUAACUAUAAGAGAAAGUUUUAAUGGCAGUGAUUUAACUAUUGACAGUGAUUUAACUAUUGGCAGUGAUUUAACUAUAAGAGAAAGUUCUAAUGAUCUCGAGGUAACUCAAAAAUACAGGCAUUUGUGGGUUCAAUGAGAGAAUUGUUAUGGAUUAAAUUAUAAGAAAUUUUUUAAAUCAAACAUGAAUAUUUGUGAACAAUGUGGAUAUCAUUUGAAAAUGAGUAGUUCGGAUAGAAUUGAACUUUUGUUCUAUCCAGGUACUUGGGAUCCUAUGGAUGAAGACAUGGUCUCUCUGGAUCCCAUUGAAUUUCAUUCGGAAGAGGAGCCUUAUAAAGAUCAUAUUGAUUCUUAUCAAAGAAAGACAGGAUUAACCGAGGCUGUUCAAACAGGCAUAGGCCAAAUAAAUGGCAUUCCCGUAUCAAUUGGGGUUAUAGAUUUUUAGUUUAUGGGGGGUAGUAUGGGAUCCGUAGUCGGAGAGAAAAUCACCCGUUUGAUUGAACACGCUGCCAAUCAAAUUUUACCUCUUAUUAUAGUGUGUGCUUCUGGGGGGGCGCGCAUGCAGGAAGGAAGUUUGAGCUUGAUGCAAAUGGCUAAAAUAUUGUCUGCUUUAUAUGAUUAUCAAUUAAAUAAAAAAUUAUUUUAUGUAUCAAUCCUUACAUCUCCGACAACUGGUGGAGUGACAGCUAGUUUUGGUAUGUUGGGGGAUAUCAUUAUUGCCGAACCCAAUGCCUACAUUGCAUUUGCAGGUAAAAGAGUAAUUGAACAAACAUUGAAUAAAACAGUACCCGAAGGUUCACAAGUAGCUGAAUACUUAUUCCAGAAGGGUUUAUUCGACCUAAUUGUACCACGUAAUCUUUUAAAAAGCGUUCUGAGUGAGUUAUUUAAGCUCCACGCCUUUUUUCCUUUGAAUCAAAAGUCAAGCAAAAUCAAGUAGAGCACUAAGGCCAUUAUUUUAUUUUAUUUGUGUUUGUAGCAAAAAAGUAGUUAGUUUAUUGGAAUCAAAGUAAAUAAGAUAAAGUAAAUAAGAUAAUAAUGGCCCUUUCUUUGGUGAUAGAAGAUCUAAUUGUAGAAAGAAUCAAAACUAAAGUUGAGGAUAACUCUUUUUUGACCUAUAUUCCUGAUUACGAAUCAAGAAGCCUUUAUCACCAAGAGUGAGUUCUUCCUUUCGUGAAAUUAGGAAAAUAAAACGAAUUUCUUCUUGUCUUAGGUAUAUAAUUUGAAAUUAAAAUAUAGAUAAUAGAGUUUUGUAUCUUUCUCUAUCUCCCUAAAAACCAUUUUAGCUAAAAAUUCAUGUUGGGUCGGAUUCGAACGAAUCUUUCGAUAAUCUCUUUAUCUAUUUUUAGAAAA